AGUUUCUGCCACUUUGACGGUGGACACAAAAAAACUGCGAAUCAAGGAGAGGGACAGCGCCCAGAAUAACUGUAAACCUCUGCAAACUGUGUAGAGCAUCGUGUUGGAAAUGAGACCCCGGUCGUUUUCUCCGGUGUGUCGGACAUUUAAUCAGAGGACAUGUCCUUGGGUUUGUUGAAGCCACAGCGCUACACUCCACUCUCCAAGCAUGCUAGAAUAGUGACAAUCUCUCUCCACUCUGCAGGCCUGUUUGAUCCUAGAGAAACGUGCCUUGUAAGGAAGCAGGAUGUUCACAGGCUCCACCAAACAGCCACCCACUAAAAUCCCGCAGCCCGAGCGGCUGGACGAGGUCUACGCUGCCUUACGGCGAGGCUUACAGUCGUACCUGCAGGUCCACCAGCUGGAGCUGGACAGCCUGGGUCAGCAGUCACGAGAGAACAAGAGGAACGGUCGUCUGGGGUCUUUGUAUGAGCUGGACAAGCAAGUGAAAGCCAUCGAGAGGUUUAUGCGCCGACUGGAGUUCCACCUCAGCAAGGUAGAGGAGCUGUACGAUGCGUAUUGUAUACAGCGGCGACUGCGUGACGGAGCGAGUAAGAUGGUGGCGGCCUUUAACGUGGCCGUGGGCAGCCGGGAGGCCAGAGAGAGCCUGAGUGAGGCCAACAAGGGCUACAGAGAGUGCACCGAGCACAUGUGCUCCCUUGAGAGUGAAUUAGAAAGCCAGAUGGGAGAAUUUCAUGUCAAGAUGAAGGGUGAGUCACUUUCUACCACUUCCUAUUUUCAUCCGCUCUGCCUUCGCACAGUUCUCAUUUUUCUAUUACUUUUACAUGUUUCAGGCCUCGCUGGCUUCGCAAGGCUCUGUUCUGGUGACCAGUAUGAGGUCCUAAUGCGCUAUGGGCGUCAGCGCUGGAGGCUACGAGGCCGCAUGGAAGUCAGCAACAAGCAGAUAUGGGACGGGGAAGAGAACAUCUUCCUGCCUCUCGUCACAGAACUGCUGUCAAUCAAGGUGACAGAGCUGAAGAGCCUGGCCAAUCACGUGGUGGUGGGCAGCGUGUCCUGCGAGAUGCUCGACCUCUUCUGCCCGCUGCCCCAGACGCUCGCCGUGGACAUCAACGACCUCGGGACGGUGAAGCUGAACCUGGAGGUCACCUGGAGUCCGUUUGAUAAGGACGACCAGACGUCCUCCACCAAUACAGUCACCAAGCGGCUGCUGUCCAAUCAGAGCCCUCCUGACACGCCCUCUAUGCGGGAGCAGGUAUUUUAUUCUCUGCUGAGGCGGCAGGGGGAAGUGGAGAACGGCACCGUCUGGUCCAACUCGUCUGAGUCCUCCGAUGACUCGUCCAGCCCGGCGCUCGCUCACCACGCUCAGAAGCUCACGGCCUCCAACAUGCUGCAAACCACGCUCACCUCUCAGCUGUCCUUCACGCCACACAAGUCCAGCGCCUCAACGCCGUCGCUCUCCUCCAAUCAGGAGGAGGACGAGACCGAAGCCGGGGAGGUUUUCUCUCAGACGGACGCGGUGCCAAACGGCCACCUGAAGACUUCCUGCUCUCACAGCGAUGACUGCACCGCGGCUGAUCGAGCGUCACUCCAGUCAGCGGACCUCUCUGAAACCUCGGCAGACCUGAGCUGCUCCUGCCCCGACGUGUCCUCUGUACACGCUGUGUCCACUCAGGAUUUGUCUGAAAGUGGCGUCUCACAUGUGUGUAUUUCAGCAGAGGAGGUAAAACAGUCUGAGGACUUGCCAGUGCAGGCUGGACAGACUGAAGCAGAAACAAAGGGCAGCACCACUGAAGCAGCAGAGGACGAAGCAUCAGAGAAACACAGUCAGUCCGUCCAGGAGUCCAAAACACCGCAGGACCCUCCAACGGUUCCUUUUCCAGUUUCUUCUAGUUUCAAUCUAGAAGUUGAGACGGCCCUUGAAAGUUUCGACUUUCUCAACUGCUCUGACCUCGAGGAAGAUGAGGAGGAAGAGGGAAAGGAGGGAGGAAAUAAAGAGGUAGUAGAAGAGAAAAAGGAGGAGGAUGCUGCGCAACCUGAAGAGAACCAAAUCAAAAUGGAGGAAGAGAAAGUGGAGGAAGAAGAAAAGGAAGAGAGAUUUCACUCUGGAGGAAGCGAUGACGAGGAGGCUGACGGUCUGCAGAUCCUUAUGGAAGCUCCCGAAGGAUUCAGGAACUCAGAUGAAGAUCGUUUCUCUGAAUCACAGGAGUCGAGCGUGGAGGACGUGCAGGAUCUGUGUCAGAUAGAGAUGCCCGGCGAGAAGGAAGAUGACAGCGAGAAAAAGGGAGAAAAUCUACCCGGAGAGCACGUGUCACAUGGCCAGGAGGAGCGUCCCUCCUCUCCCAAACAAUUGGCUACUACCGUCUUCUAAGGACACGGAGGAGCCUCAGCUAAACCAUUUAUCCCACUCUGAUCUCCUCAUGCCAUGGAUGUUCCACUUUCUGCUCAGACAAACAAGCUCGUCCUCUCGGGCCGAGUUUGUGCACAUAUUUGCCUUGUUCUGACCAAGAGCGAUAAGCCUCCAGGUUUCUGCGUUUUGAAGUCCCUCUUCAAACGUCCUUUUCCUUCAACAUGAACUUCAUCACGUUGCCUGAGUGAAAGCGGGAUACCACUUAGUUUACACUUUAAUAAACUGUUCCUUUCAUGUGAAAAUGUAAUGUCCAAAACAUUUCAGGAACAGCUUUAAGCGGCCUUGUUUUUCGGCUUUAUUACAGUGCAUAUUUUGAAGUAAUCUAAUUUUUUUUUAAUGGUUUUUAAGUUCAAGGUAAUAGAGUUGUUUCAAUCAACAGAGUAACAAACAAUCACUUACUGAGUUGCAUUCAAAACUGUCAGUAUUUGUGGAUGUUAAACUACUUUAAAGGUUAUGAUUUUCAGUGUGAAAUCAGUGUAAAGCCCAGAGCUCUUUCCACUAUGUGAGCAUGUGAUGUCUAAAGAUUUACAUUUUGUGCUGUGGACACAAUCUCAUUUACAAAGCGGGAUCUUUUAAUUUACGUAUCAUCGAGAGUUAACUACUCAAAAGUACACGAGAGCAGAAUUUACAUUGAACCCAGGAAGAUAAGUAAUAUAAGGACUGAAUAAAAACACUUUAAGUUUCUGCUCAAAGCUCAUCUGGUCCAACAUGAAAUCAACCUGCAGUGUAAACUAUAUUUAAACCUGCAUGUGUAGCUGCCUCACACUGCCAGCAUGUCUGUAUAGAAGCGUGUGUGCGCCGGCUCCACUGCAGGCAGCCAUCAGGUCUGCAGCUGUGUACAGAAGCUGCCUCAUGGGGGCGCUAUAGUCCUUCAGCAUCAUGCUUUACGUUGUUCUACAAAAGCCUCGACAUUCAGAAAGUGCCUCAAGUGACAGAGAUGAAAGGUUUUAAAAUGCCACGACAGGAGAGAUCAGGCUAAAGAUAACAGUGUUUAUUUUCUGAAUUACUUUAAGAGUGUGCACAAUAAGAGAUAUUUACUGUUUCAUAUAAAGAAUUGUAUAUGUCUUGAAAUGUUAAAAUGUUUAUGUUCAGAAAUGUUUAAACUUUAUAAAGGUUUCUUUAAAAUGA